AUGAUGAUAAAUAAUCAAAUCUAUUAUUAUCCAGAAAGAAUCGAUGAAAAUAGCGAUGAAGUCAAUUUGAAUAUGUCAUUUACCGAUCAGCAACAUCUGUCAACAGAUAUUUGUUCGACACAAUCGAUUAAUAUUGAUACUUUAUCAAAUGGAUCUAGUUUCGACCCACAUACAAAUAACAAUAAUACUUCGAUGGCGAUCAACAAGAACAAUACGAAUUAUUUCAAAUCUUCGUGGCAACAACAAACAUUAUCAAGUGACGACGAUGAAGAUGAUGAUCAUUCAAUUGUUCUGUAUAAAAUUCAAAUCAUUUUUACUAUUCCGUACCCGGUGACGAAUAAUUCUAUUCUUAACAAAACAAUCUUUAUUCGAGAUGUAAAAAACGAUGAAUUACUGGCGAUAUUAACCGAUGUUUGUGUCAAUGCAUCGUCAUUUAUCCUUAAUUAUUCAACUAUUAAACCAUUACCACAUAAUAUAUGUUUGCAUCUUUUAUUAAAUCUGACAUCGACAGCAAUCUUCAGGGAAAUCAUCUUUUGUCGUACCAUCGAAGAUCUAUCAAACACAGAAUCUUCUUCACAUGACACGGAGUCAGAGAGUCAUUCUGUAGGACCUAGUGGGUACUUCAUUCUGUCCCAAUGCGUGAUUAUUUUUAUAAUGAUGGCCAUCAUCUAUAUAGUUCAAACGGCCCGCGAGAAAAGUCUUGUUAAUCGUGUCGGACAACAUUUAAUUCACAGUCGACCAUAUAUAACUGUGUUCGGUGCGAGAACAAACGAGACAUCGGCAAACAAUAGAAAAAAUACUUCGAUUGAAUCAGCAACUACACUUCAUGCUGGAUUAAAUCAAGUACCAGCUCGUCUGCAGUUAGCAUCAGUGGCUAAUGUGAAACUAAGCGCACCUAUUGAAGAACAAGUUCUGGCUGCUAAUGAUUUGACAUCGACGAUGUACGAUCGAAGAGCUUCAAGGGUAUAUAUUAAUCGUGAUCUAAUCAAUGUAAAAGAAUUUACUAAACGAUUGAGUAUACCGUGCGAAACAUCGACUGAUAGUCAAUCGCAUGUUUCGAAUGAUAAUUAG